AUGCAUCACCGGGGGAAUUCAUACGGCUAUCCGUAUCCCGUCACGACCACGACGACCACCACCACCAAUACUCCCUCCAAGUAUCAGUCGUCCAGCCACAUGCACGGCACCAGCAGUGCUUUCAGUGCCAAUGCAAACCCCAACGAGGACUGGACCAAGAUUUCCGACUUGGCCGAGCGACGCCGCAUCCAGAAUCGCAUCGCCCAGCGCAAUUACCGCAAGAAGCUAAAGCGUCGUCUGGAAGACCUGGAACGCCGAGCAGCCUCGUCCUCUGCGUCGCCCGAACAGUCGCAUGCAGAGCCCGAGCAGCCCAAGCCGGCUAGCAAGUCGCAGUCAGCUCGCUCGUCCACUAGCUCAGCCCGCUCCAAGCAGUCGUCCAAGGCGAAUAACCACUGGAGUGCGCCCGAAAACGAGAUGGGCAUGCAGCCCGGCGCUGCCUACGGUGGCAUGCAGGAAGACCGAAGCAUGUUUGGCCAGCAGUCGACUCGGCAACUAUCGACGUCGCCGCCGCCUUUCUUUUACCCCUCGUACCCAUCCUACUCGGAUCCGUACGGUCAGUCCAACUACUCGUCGCAGCCGGCCCACCCGCACCAUUCCUACCACACCAUCCCGCAGGCUCAGUAUGGGGAUCUGGCAUCCCUGCCCGCUCACCACAUGGAUCAGAUGCCUCACACGCUGCCGUCGGGCACGUCGGCCAGCAAGCGGCUGGGUGGCUAUCCGGACGACGAGGUGCUCAACCCAUUGUGCAUCAACUACGCCUCGAUGGCAGGCAUCGACAUGUCGACCACCACGCCGCAGCAACAGCACCAGCAGCAGCAACAACAUCAUCAUCACCAGCACCAGCACCAGCAGCACCAUCGUCAUCACUCACACUCACAUCACUCUCAUCUCCAGACCCCGCCACUUACCAAUUCCUACACUUUCAACAACUCCGGGUCAACGUCUCCCGCCGGGUCUUUGAACGACCAUUUUCCGUUGACACCGGAGCCGGCCCGACUGUCGCCGGAGCAUAUUGUAUUUCUGUGA